AUGGGUUUUCAGUCAACUCGCUGCUUAUCCAUAUUUCUAGUCAAGUCGCUCGUCUUUGCAGUUAGCACGUCAACCAGUGCUUACCUCCCCUGUGUGCAUCCCAUUUACCUCUCUAACGGACAGUAUCGGCGUGCUCGUCAGCCACACUGGUCUCCCUCCGGCUCUUUCUUCUUCUUCUUCUUCUUCUUCUUCUUCUUCUUCCUCCUCCUCCUCCUCCUCCUCCUCAUCCUCAUCCUCAUCCUCCUCCUCUCCCUCCCCCUCUUCCUUUUACUCUCCCUCUUCCUCUCCCCCCUUCUCAUCCAGCCUUCUUCCUCAGUCACUUCGUUGAAUAAUCAUUCCAGGAGCCUGGUGAUGACUACGCACCCCCGUCCGGUGCCUCCGAGGUGCUGGCCUACUAGCCACUCAGUGACAUUUCACAGCCAUACACCCACAGGGAUGACGCACGACUGCAUGCAGGACCUUUACGGUUGUCCGUAUAACGACCUCUCUCUUGACGAAGAAGGAUGCACUUGGUCUGGUCGUUUGUUUUCUUACAAAGAUGUAGUUAAGGGAACGGGGAUGUUAUUCACCUAUGCAGCUGCCAGACCCAGAGUCGAAUGCCGAAACAUAAAAUUGACAAACCACUGAUUCAUUCUCCAUUUAGCGACAAACAUUUUACUGCAUAACGCGGAGAAAUAAUUACCUGAUCGACUGAAACAAAAUUUCCUUUUUUGCCUUUCUCCCCUGAUGUAAUGACGCUGCUUUCUGACAGCGCUCGCAAAUGUUUAGUCACAAUAAGAAUUCUAUGCUGUAAUGAAGUCUAAAGAAGUCUUCCUUAGGCGGAAACAUGUGCGAAGAUUCAGCAGCACGACCGAAGCGACCCAUCCCACCGAAAACUGCAAGCUCCCAAGCUCUACAAAGACAAUCCAAAUCACUCCAUGUAACCAUACUUUGCCUGCGCACGCCAUCUUUAAUUGCAUUUAGGGGGUCGUGUACAACUGCUGCUGCUGCUGCUGCUGCUGCUGCUGCUGCUGCUGCUGCUGCUGCGAAUACUAACAGCGCCAACUGGCGAAUCGUUCGACCGACAGGAGGCUGA